GACUUAGCUUUUUUCCCAAUCUGACCUUCGCCAUGGAGACUUGUAUUAUAUAAAUGGUUCGUCGUCUUCGUAACAGUUUCCUCUUCGUCGUCGCCGGCUUAGGGUUUUCGCCUCUCUGACCUCUCUCUAUGGUUAUCUCUCCCUCCGUGAGCUCUCUUAGUUUGAGAACCCUUGCCUCGCGAUCGAUCAGAAGCGUUCAUCAGGGUUUGUGCUGCCCAGUGCUGUAAAUUGAAUAGUAAGACGGUGGCUUUUCUUCUCUGAUUAUCUUUAUUUCUAUAAAAGGGAAGAUGCCCAAGAUGAACACUCUUGUAUGUAUCAGGUCUAACUGUAGAGUUGGUGUUCUCCAGUGUUCUCUGUGAGACUCUAUCUUUAGGACUGCAAGAAAGUUAGAGGUGCUACUUUUCUUUUUCUUCGAGCUUUUAGGUUUAGCAUUGUUAAUAGGUAGAAAUGGAAGCCAAGAUCGUGAAGGUGUCGGAUAGCAGCGUUAGAGAUGGAUUUGGGAAAAAGAGAAAGCAUACAGCAAACUAUGCGGCAUAUAUCUCUGGAGCCUCAUGCACGAAGCUGCACCAUGAGCCAGCAUCGAACAUGCCAACACCGAAACUAGAGAAGAGGAGAAAAUUGGAAGGUGGAAACAAGCUUAGAAUUCAAGAGAAUCACUCUGGCAAGUCUUUGAUCAGAUACUAUUCUUAUUUUAAAAAGACUGGAGUGCCAAAGCGUGUAUUGUUGUAUGAGGACGGUGAGUGGACUGAUCUGCCUGAGAACAUCUUAUGUGCCAUCAGGAAUGAUCUACAAGAGAAGAGAGCAGCAGUUGAGUUUCAGUGGCACGAUCGCUGUUUUGUUCUUGAUUUCUUGCACAUGCAUCAACUAGACCUGGAAACUGGACAAAAAACCCCACUUGCAUGGAUUGACGUCGGUGGCAAAUGUUUUUUCCCUGAAAUUUACGACAAUGUUGAAAUGAAUGACUACUGCCACAACAGAUGUGAGGAAGAUCUAGAGCACUAUGCUCCUCACGAGAUCAAGCUACGGCUCGAAAUCGAUGUUAAUGGUGUGGAUUUGCCAAGGCUGAAUUUGAGGGAAUGCAGCGGCGAGUCUAGUGGCAAUAUAAAUGAGAAUCAGAUCGUUCAGCAACCUGUGAUCGGGCGAUUUGAUGAGGCGGAAGAGAGUAGCUGUAGCCGUAAGCUCGGUGAUGAUGUUGAGAAGUGGGAUGAGACUGAUGCUAAUAUGGUCUCUAAGCUCAAGCCUGCUGUUGGGGGACUUGACAGAGGUGCAGUAAAAGAAAUGUUCGCUUUAGGUACUUCCGCUCUAGGACAUGUGGAGGUUCUUGAUGUGUUCCGUUCUUCUUGUGAGAUGUCCCGGGCUCGUCUAGAGCUUUUCCAGAAGCAGGUUGAAAUCACUAGGAAGCUUCGAGGGAAUGCAAAUGUUAGAUACGCCUGGCUUCCUGCUAAGAAGGAACUGUUACCUAUGAUUAUGAUGCAUGGGCUUCGACAGAGUGGGGCAUUCAUUAGGAAAUCCAUGUACGGUGUUGGUGUUCAUGUAACCGCUGCAAACUGCCCUUAUUUCAGUGCUCGGUAUUGUGAUAUUGACGAAAAUGGUGUACGUCACAUGGUAUUGUGCCGCGUAAUAAUGGGGAAUAUGGAGCUUCUUGGUGGUGAUAAAGCACAAUUCUAUGCUGGUGGGGAGGAGUAUGAUAACGGAGUUGAUGAUGUCGAGAAUCCCCGGCAUUACAUAGUCUGGAACAUGAAUAUGAACACACAUAUUUUCCCAGAAUUUGUUGUUAGCUUCAAGCUGUCUACGACCAAUGCUGAAGGGAAUUUGAUGGUAGCUACUCAGAGUAAGCAUGAUAACUCGGGGGUCACCUCGGAAGGACCCAAGCCUCCUGCCAAAUUAGAAGUGAAUGGGCAGGACAGUGCAGGUUCAAGCACAACGAGGCCGAAAUCCCCGUGGAUGCCUUUCCCGACACUGUUUGCUGCUAUCUCGAAUAAAAUCCCCGAGAAAGACAUGGACCUCAUCACGACUGACUAUCAACUUCUUCGGGAGAAGAAGUUGACGAGAGCAGAUUUUGUAAGGAAGCUGAGGUUGAUCGUGGGAGACGAACUGCUGAAGUCCACCAUAACAGCUCUUCAGGGCCAGGCAUGUUCCGAUUUUUCAACUCCCGAAAAGAGAUGUGAAAUCAAUCGUUUAAACCCCCCGAGCUUUUAUAUGCAGCAGCCGAAAUCAACGGGAGAAACCGAGUUGAUGGCUGAGACGAGGCCUUUCGGAGGAUCGGGUGGGGUCUAAGACCGAAGAUGACGACGACAAGUGCGAUGGCCUGAAGCUGGGUGCCCGCUUUCCUUUCCCACCUUAUCCAGUAAUAAGUAAAACAAUGCUCUCUACUGCCUUUCUCUUCUUUUGUUCUAGGGUUGGAAAUGACUGUUUGGUGUUUUGGGUGCUUCGGGUUUUUAGGGUUUAGGGGAAAUGUGUCGACUUUGCUGUUCUGUCUGUGUCUUGAUAUAUUAGCAAAUACCCUCUACUUGCGGUGUAAGGCCACUCCCUUUGGGGAAAACAAAAAGCCUAUUUUAUUUUCUGCAGCUCCCU